AUGGCCCAGAAAACCCAAAAUGUGAGCCACCCCGAGGACCGCUCGAACCCACCCAGUCGCACCUCGUCUGCCAAGGACGGCGCAGGAGGGCCAAGCUCAACCAGGCACUCGGCCGCUUCUGGCUCUGCCUCUGCCUCGGGGUCCAUAUCUACCAUCCUGCCCAGAAUGUCAGAUCCCAAUCCUAUUUCUGUUUCCUCUUCAACCACCCACGAAUCUCCACAACCCAUGGACAAGUCGGCGUCGGCGGGCUCCCACGCCGCCUCAUCCGAGGAUGCCUCGGGCGGGACCGCCUCGCCUUAUGGCACGCGCUCACGGAAGCGCAAUGGCGGAUCGCGCAUCAACUAUGCUGAGGACAAGGAUAUCGACAUGGAGCUUUUUGAGAUGUAUCCCGAGCGAGGGCUCACCGCCAACCCAAGACAUGCCGCGUCCUCCAAUGCAUCAUCAUCGGCUGGUGCCACUGCCACCGCUACUGCCAUCACCACCGCCGCCGUAUCGGCAACAUCAGCGGCAACAAAGGCAGUGUCGCCCGCGCCCGCGCCCGCGACGACGGUAGCAGCAGCCGCCCAGCCUGCUCAGCGCUCUGGCAAUGGAUCGGGUCGGAAGCCUCUGCCCUCCUCAGAUGACAGCAGCAGGCAUCACGCAUCCCACCAGCACAGCUCCAAGGAGAAGGAGCAUCAAAAUCACAGCCACCACCCGUCGCCAGCAGCGUCGACAACGGGCACCGGAGCCAGCAGCACACCAAAUGGCUCGGCAAGGUCAAAGAAGCGCAAGGCAGAGCAAAUACAGGCGUCCGCCACCACCAGCAGCAGCCAGGCGCCGUCGGUUUCCCAUGCGCACUCGUCGGCCGUGUCCAAACGGAUUGUGGCGAACUCGUCGCAUGGCGCAAAUGGCACGCGCAGUGGGGGCGGGUACUCGGAGACCAACCUGCUCACGUUUGAUAACUGCAAGUCGAGACCCAAGAAUGGGAGAAUGGUGGCCGACGACGGCACUGUGCUGGAAGUGAACGACCACGUUUACCUGGUGUGCGAGCCGCCGGGAGAGCCGUACUAUCUGGCGCGCAUCAUGGAAUUCUUGCACGUCAAGAACGACAACUCGCUGGCCAUUGAUGCGCUGCGGGUCAAUUGGUACUACCGGCCCAAGGACAUCGGCCGCAAGGUGCAAGACACGCGCAUGGUUUUCGCCACGAUGCACUCGGACAUUAGCCCGCUGACGGCACUGCGCGGCAAGUGUCAGAUCCGGCACAAGGCAGAGAUUUCCAACCUGACCGACUACAAGAAGGCGCCCGACUGUUUUUGGUACGAGAAGCUAUAUGACCGCUACAUCCAGAAAAACUAUGAGGUGAUCCCGACGGCCCAGAUCAUUAACGUGCCCGAACACGUCAAGCGGGUGCUCGACGAGCGAUGGCGCUAUAUUUUGGUGGAGCAAGGCCGGGGCAAGGAGCUGACGAGUGCCGUCAAGACGUGCAAGCGAUGCACCGGCUACUGCGCGAGCAACGAUUCGGUCGAUUGCGCCGUGUGCGAACACACGUACCACAUGAACUGCGUCAAGCCACCCCUGCUCAAAAAGCCGUCGCGCGGCUUUGCAUGGUCGUGUGCCGCAUGCAGCCGCGCCCAGGAGCGGAAGCUCGAGGCCCGUAACACGCCCAACGUGGACCCCAACAACCACGACGCCGACGACGACGAGUAUCCCGACGACGAAGAGGACGACGGCGCCGGCCUCGACACGGGCCGCACCAGCCGCACCAGCCCCGCCGACGACGACGCCCACCAGCCCGCCACGGCUGAGCAGAUCUACCAUGCCAGCCUGUGGCCCUACCGCUACCUCGGCAUCCACUGCAAGGUCGAGGAUGCCCUCGACUACGACGAUCGCAUCUUCCCGCGUGCCAGCACCCGUCUCGGCCCCCGCCACCAGGCCGUCGUGCUGCCCUGGCCCGGCCGCCCCGUGCAGUACGUCAAGCCGCUGGAGAUCAAGAAGUCGGGCCGCAAGGACGGCAAGCUCAAUAAGGAGCAGCAAGCCGCUCUUGAGGCCGAGCGCAUCAAGCGCGAGAAGCGCCCCAAGUACGUCCAGGACGAGCCCCCCGGAUGGGUUGAGAGAGGCGGGGACAGCACCGUCACGGAGCUGUUUAAGCCUCCCGAACGCUGCGGCGUCAGCAUGUCGAGUGACGCCAUGGACGAGUACAUGAACAAGGCCAGGAAGAAGGUCACAUCCCUCAAGCUACCCCCACGCUCUACCAACCUCGAGGACGUCGCCAGGGACGUGCUCUACAACAACCUGUUUGACCCCGAAAAGGCCUUGAAGGAGAUGGACUCGACCCCCCGGUCUGUCUUCAAGGAGCCGGAGCUCACGCCAGCCGAACAGAAGAAAUUCGAAGAAGGAGUCGCCAAGUUUGGCUCGGAGCUGCACAGCGUCAUGAAGCACGUCAAAACGCUGACUCCGGCCACCGUGACCCGCUAUUACUACACCUGGAAGAAGACGGAGCGAGGCAAGGUGAUUUGGGGCAACUACCCCGGCCGGAAGGGCAAGAAAGAUGCCAAGAAGGCCGAGGCAGCUGCCAACAAGAUUGCCGACGAUGUCGCAGACGACCAUGACGACUCGGCCUUCGACACGGACAAGGCGCGCGACAAGAAGAAGGAGUUCAUCUGCAAGUUUUGCAGCACCAAGGCAUCGCGCCAGUGGCGGCGGGCCCCCAAUGCUUCAGUGACUGUGGUGGCCGAGAGCGCAGGCCGCAAUUCCAACAAGGACAAGGGCGGUCAGUAUAUCCCCGCGCUUUGCCGGCGGUGCGCCGAGUUGUGGCGACGCUACGCCAUCCAGUGGGAAGACAUCGAAGAAGUCGCCAAGAAGGUCGCCCAGACUGGCGGGCGCGGGUGGCGACGCAAGGUGGACGAGGAGCUGUACAAGGAGCUCGUGGCGGCGGACGAGAUGAUGAACAACACCCGCUACCUGACCCCCGACCCAGUCGUUGCGGCAAGCCCGGCCAGUUCUCUACAGGCGCAGGCGACCCAAGAGCCGCCGCGCAAGAAACUAAAGGGUCUGCCAGACAAGGAUCCCGACCUGACGGCCUCGGAAUCGGGCAGCGUAAGCGGCGCCCCCCAUUCCAAGAAGAAGGAGAAGGCGGCCGAGAAGCAGCCAAAGCAGCAACCAGCGCCGCCUCCGCCGCCGGCGCCGGUUGCUGCUCCGCUACCCCCCAUUCUCAUGGUUCCGAAGCCGCGCACUCUCCCCUGCGCCAUAUGCCACGAGCUAGAACCACUUGGUGAUCAGCAUCUGUCCUGUAAGGAGUGCCGGUUGGCUGUACAUAGGAGCUGCUACGGCAUCAUGGAGAAUCGCGCCCCCGGGAAAUGGACCUGUGACAUGUGUCUCAAUGACAAGAGUCCCCAGGUAUCAAUACAUUACAAAUGUGUUCUCUGUCCUGUAGAGUUCACCGAGCAUGACUUUGUCGAGCCGCCUAAGGUGUCGCAUAAGAAAAAGACGGAAAAGGAGCGCGAGCGCGACCGGAUCGAGCGCGAUAACGCGCAAAAGGCAGCUGACUACUACCGCAAGAAGCAGGAGGAGAUGAACCGUCCCGUCAACCCAAGGGAGCCUCUAAAGCGAACCGCCGACAACAACUGGGUUCACGUCACUUGCGCCGUCUGGACGCCCGAGGUCAAAUUUGGCAAUACCAAGGCCCUCGGACCAAGCGAAGGCAUCCCCUCGAUUCCGCGCGCCAGAUAUGCCGAAAUGUGCAAGGUGUGCAAGAAAGACGGCGGGGCGUGCGUCCACUGCUAUCAGUGCCGCACCCCGAUCCAUGUCGAGUGCGCUCACCAGGCCGGCUACGUCCUCGGCUUUGAUAUCACUCCCGUCAAGGGCUCCCGCCGCGAUCAGCACAAUAUCGUGUCCAUUAAUGGGGAUACGGGUACCAUGUCAGCCGCUAUUUGGUGCAAGGAUCACGCACCGACCAAGACGGUUGUCCAUCACAUGCACGAGGUAGUGGACGAGAGCGGCAUGAACGCUCUCCAGCUCUAUGCGCAGAACUUCAAACAGGCCGACCUGACCUUGACGGGCUGUGCGAGAAAGGCAAACCAGAUCACGCUUGCUUCCUCGAGGAUGUCGACAUCGUCAGGAGCGGCUCCGGCGAGCCAGCAGAACCGGCGGUCGUCCAACACCAACAUGGUUAACGGAGGGUUUAGGGAACCGUCCCCAAGUGCCCUGCAGCCCGACGGCAAAAUCUGCCUGACGUGUGGCUCCGACGUCAGCCCCAAGUGGCAUGCUAUCGACCAAGCACAGGAGCGAGAGCUCACCAACGGCUACUAUGGGAAUCUCGGGACCGAGGCACAGAAGUUUGUCGAGCAGCGAAGUUUCCAGUGCCACAAGUGCAAGAAAGCAGGACGGAAACCCAACCCACACGCUCCGCGGGAACCGACACCUCCUCCGGAGCCCGUUCGGUCAACAUCCCCGAGGAUCCCCAGUCUCCGAUCGCCGGCUGGCGCCGAGCAACGACCUAGGUCAAUAAUGUGGACACCGCCCGGCCAACUACCAGGUGCACCCAUUGUACCUGUCCCGCCUCAUCCCGGGGUAUCAGGCUUGCCGCCCGGAGUCCAGGCUCCGCACGUGGCCCCGCCCCCCUUGCCGCAGACUGUCGUGCCACGAGGACCGCCUGUGCCGACUCACCCAUAUGCUACAGGCUCCCGGACAUUUACAGAUUGGCACCGAACCCCGACCGGCCACGGGCCUGCUCCGGUCCAUGAAGUCAACGGCGGACCACCUCCUCCACACUCGCCAAUGCAUCCGUUGGCCCCCCCUAACCACCUCCGACCGCAAACCAUGCCAGCUAUUGGUCACGGACCGCCGCCGCACCCCCCUCCUACUCAGAACGGGCAAAUGGCCCAGCCUUUUGUGAACGGAAUGCCGCCAUCCCCACGACGGGUUGCCGGCCCACCACCGCCGUCGCCCCAGAACGGCGGACCUUAUAUUCCAUCUCACCACAGUCUUGGUUCAGCUGAGCUGCGGCACCAUCAUAUGCCGAUGAGCCAGAUACCGCCUGUUGUCCCGGGGCCGAUUGCUCCAGAAGCGCAACAGUCUCUCUACCACCUCCGCCAGUGGAACAACCAUGGGCCUCCGCCUCCCCACCAUAGCAGCCCCCCGCUCCCCCGUGAGAGUAUCCCGUUGAGCCGAGAGCCAAGCAAUCCUCCGCCACGGGAUAAUAGGCCGGCCAGCGGGGCCAGCGCGAGCCCAUCGCUUCGCAAUCUCCUUUCUUAG